AUGUCUCUCAAUAUCCUUAUUGUUGGUAACGGUGGCCGUGAGCAUGCCAUUACCUGGAGACUUUCUCAAUCUGAGUCAGUUAAGCAAAUUUAUGUUGCACCAGGUAACGGGGGCACUCAUUUAGUUGAAAAAGUUGUCAAUGUUCCAGAAUUGUCUGGAUCUCCAAAGGACUUUGAAGCAUUACAGAAAUUUGCCGUGGAAAAGAAGAUUGACUUGGUUAUCCCAGGCCCCGAGCAGCCAUUAGUUGAUGGAAUCACCUCCAUCUUCACCAAGGUAGGUAUUCCAGUCUUUGGACCCUCAGCCAAGGCUGCACGUAUGGAAGGAUCCAAGGCAUUCUCUAAGGUGUUCAUGGAUAAGCACAACAUUCCAACUGCCCAAUUCAAGAACUUUACCAACGUUGCUGAUGCCAAGAAGCACAUUGAAUCGGUUGACUACAAGAUCGUUUUAAAGGCCGAUGGAAUUGCUGCCGGUAAGGGAGUCUUGAUCCCAGAAACUAAGGAAGAAGCAUUGGAAGGCUUAGAUGAAAUCAUGGUUGCCAAAAACUUCGGGGCUGCUGGUGAUGAAAUCGUUAUUGAAGAGUACAUGGAAGGUGACGAAUUGUCAAUCUUGACUUUCUCUGAUGGAUACUCUUUCUUCAACUUACCAGCUGCUCAAGAUCACAAGAGAAUCGGAAAUGGUGACUCAGGGCUUAAUACUGGUGGUAUGGGUGCCUAUGCUCCAGCUCCAAUUGCUACCGCUAAGGUAUUAGCUAAGAUUGAUGAAACCAUUAUCAAGCCAACCAUUGACGGUAUGAGAAAGGAUGGAUUCCCAAUGUGUGGGAUCUUAUUCACUGGUAUCAUGUUGACCCCAUCUGGUGAGCCAAAGGUUUUGGAAUAUAACGUUCGUUUCGGUGAUCCAGAAACCCAGACUGUCUUACCAUUGUUAACUAAGGAAACUGAUUUGGCUCAGGUUAUGUUGGCAUGUGCAGAACACAGAUUGGAUUCUGUGGAGAUUGCAACCUAUCCAGACACUUUCUCAACCACUGUUGUAAUGGCAGCUGGUGGAUACCCUGAAGCUUAUGCUAAGGGCGAUGUCAUUGAAAUAUCUGAAACUCUUCCAGAAGAUACCUAUAUUUUUCACGCCGGAACUGCUGUGAAUGCAGAUGGAAAGGUCAUUACCGCAGGUGGCAGAGUUAUUGCUUCUACUGCAAUUGCUUCAAGUUUAAAAGAGUCUGUUGACAAGGCAUACAUUGGAGUAGACCACGUUAAAUUCAACAAGAAGUACAACAGGACCGAUAUUGCACACAGAGCAUUCAGAGAUUUGGACAACAAGAAAUCUACUGGAGUCACUUAUGCAGAUGCAGGUGUUUCCGUGGACAACGGUAACAUACUUGUUGAAACCAUUAAGGCUAAGGUUAAGUCUACUGCUAGACCUGGUGCUGAUUCUGAUAUCGGUGGAUUUGGUGGUAUUUUCGACUUGAAGGCCGCUGGAUAUAAGAACACUGACGAUACUUUACUUGUCGCUGCUACUGAUGGUGUUGGUACUAAAUUAAGAAUCGCACAAAUCAUAGACAUUCAUGACACUGUUGGUAUCGAUUUAGUUGCCAUGAACGUCAACGAUUUAGUUGUUCAAGGUGCUGAACCUUUACUUUUCGUGGAUUACUUUGCCACCGGAAAAUUGGACAUUAAAGUAUGUGCUGACUUUGUAAGUGGUGUUGCUGAUGGUUGUAUCCAAGCUGGAUGUGCCUUAGUUGGAGGUGAAACCUCUGAAAUGCCAGGUAUGUACGAACCUGGACACUACGAUACCAAUGGUACUGCCGUUGGUGCUGUUACCAAGGGAAAGAUCUUGCCACAAAUUGACGCCAUGAGAUCUGGAAAUGUGCUUAUUGGUUUAGGUUCUGACGGUGUGCACUCUAAUGGAUUCUCAUUGGUACGUCACAUUAUCGAGAAGUCAGAUUUUACAUACAAGUCUCCAGCUCCAUGGAAUCCUUCCAAAUCAAUUGGUGAAGAAUUAUUAAUUCCAACCAGAAUUUAUGUCAAACAAUUACUUGGGUCCAUUAACCAAGGUUUAUUGCUCGGGUUAGCACAUAUUACCGGUGGUGGAUUAGUUGAAAACAUUCCAAGAGCCUUGCCAAAGAACUUACAGGCCAAGGUCGACAUGUCUAAAUGGGAAGUACAGGAAAUUUUUAAAUGGUUUGGAAAGCAAGGAAAUGUUCCAUACGAAGAUAUCUUAAAGACUUUCAACUUAGGUGUUGGUAUGGUUCUUAUUGUGGAAAAGGAAAACGUUGACCAAGUGUUAGCUAAUUUAACCAAAGAAGGCGAAAGAGCAUUCGUCAUUGGUGAGUUAGUUGAGAGAGCUGAAGGAGAAGAAGCAUGUGUUGUGGACAACGUUAAGGGAUUAUAUUAA